GUCCCAUCCUCUGCUCGCCCAUCAGCACACUCGCUCAUUCCUUUGAGCGCCAUGUUCAAUCCUACAUCUCCGUUGCUGGGGGGUCUGCUAUGGAAAAUCCCAUGGCGACUCUCCUCAAUGCAAAAGGCGCGUCAACGAAAGCGAUUAAAGUUGGUUGACAAGGUAGUCGAUACUGUUAGCAUCGCACUACAGAACAAUGGUGGCAUGACAACGAAAGCAGUGGAGAGAUGGUACAAAGAGAUGCCACGAGAAGAGGAAAUGCUUCCCAAGGAUAAAUACACAAUUUUUGACCGCAAGGAGAAAAGGUAUCGGAAGGGCAUCCACAAGCUUCCGAAGUGGACGAGAGUCAGCCAGAGAGUCAAUCCGCCUGGUUUCUAGACGCCGCAGAAGCUGUUGGAGAAUGACAAUCGAGGAAGAACUGCUACACUUCGAGCUCCUCUAUGGCCGCCGGCUUCUUUCUGAUCUUAUCCUCCCCGCAGCCAAUGCUCUUCCGGUCUGGCCGAGUCAUGAAGAGAUUGGUGCCGUGUAAAACAUCAGGUACACAACUGGGGGCGUAUGGACGGCCCGUCAAAACACCUACGAAGCUAUGAGAGGUGCUAAACAUAUCCAACGACUCGGAGCCAAUGUGGAAGGUUGGACUGCCGGUAGCAGAGUGGCCCAUACCAGCCGCUAAAGUCUUGGACGCGACAUCUGGAGGGCUUCGGCCGUUGUAAUAUGUAUGAGUAGGACUAGCGGCAAGAGGGUCAUUGGUAACAGGGAUUUGAACAUCAGCCAUUGCAGUUGGGUUUAAUCUGGGGAGGAACACGUCCAUGGCCAUAGGCACAGUGCAUGGCUAGAGGAGCAUCUCUGAAUAUAAAAGCAGCAAGAAGAUCCCACGCUGUCCAAUGACAUCAGAGCUGGCCUUCUGUUCUUUCGCUACACAUUCUACUCGUACAACCUCGA